UACUUACCCGUAGCUUUGGAGCUAAUCUGAUGUACUGGUCAAUCACUAGUCAAAUACCAACAAAAUCAAAUUCUGCAAUUCUCCCAAAACCUUAGCUGCCAUGGCUACAGCUUAUCUCCUCUCUUCACCUUCUUCUUUCAAACAAAUUCCCCAAACUCAUUGCUCAACCUCUCUCCUUCCUCUCAAAAACCACUCCUUUCUCUCAUUUACAAGAACAUUAACAAUACCCACAUCCCCAAAUCCCCCCAAAAGGCUAAGUUUCUGCAAAUCCAAGAAAGAUGAUGAAACAAUUGAUGCUCCAGAUCGAUUAAUCUCAGCAAUUUGUUAUUUUUACCCCCUUUUUGAUGGAAUUCAGUAUGGAAAAUAUGUAAUUAACCAAUUCACGCCUCUUCAAGUCAUAAUCCAGCCUCUAAUCCCAGCUAUUAGGGUCUUCAAAAGCUUUCCUUUCAAUGGUAUUUUGGUGUUUUUUACCCUUUAUUUUGUUAUUGUGAGGAACCCUAAUUUCAGUAGAUAUGUGAGGUUCAACACUAUGCAAGCAAUUGUUCUUGAUGUUUUGCUGAUUUUCCCUGAUCUUUUGGAAAGGAGUUUUAAUCCAACAGAUGGGAUUGGAUUGGAUUUGUUGAUGAGUUUGGAUAGCACUGUAUUUUUGUUCUUGUUGGUGAGUUUGAUUUACGGGUCUUAUUCUUGUGCUCUUGGUCAAGUUCCCAGAUUGCCAAUUGUUGCUGAGGCUGCUGAGAGGUGCAAAUGAAGACCGAGUAACUAUUACCAGCUCCUAUUGAACAAGUUCAGUCGCAGACUCUGAUAUCAAGACAGGAAGCAUUCAACAGAUUCAACUUGCAAUAAUUCAUGUAAUCUGAGGAAAACCAAUUAAUACUCCGUAACAAGUUAUAACCUCUUAAUAAACUUGGCGCAAGAAGCUCUGAUUUGAUCCAUCAGACAUCAACCAUUUCUUCAACUACUGUAACAAUGUAUCUUCUUCCUUCAACCGCCACAUGAACACCUCAAUUUAAUUCCUGUCAAAACCUAACCAUGUGUUGUAGACAACCAAAUUAUUUAAUCACGAAAUGAAUAUUCUAUUCUAAAUUUGUUCAAAUUUAAAACGGACUGAGGAUUCUCAAAUGAAA